AAACCCAAUCGAAAUCGAUGCCAUUGCGGUUAAACAAAUUCUUCAAACCCGAAACCCGAAACCCGAUACCCGAAAUCCGAAACCCGAUGCCUUUCACGCUCGUCGACCUCCUCCUCCUCAUCUUCGUCUUCCUCUUCCUCUUCUUCUUCACCCUCCCAACUCUUUUCCUUUUUUCCCCUUCUCCACCCAAAAACCCUAGCAUCCUCCUCCUCCUCCUCCUCCUCCUCUCUCUCGUCCUCCCCACCCUCUCCUCGUCCAUGGCGCAGAGCAACAACAGCGCCAUCCCCAUCACCGAGCAGUUCCGGUCCCUCGUCGGCAAGGCCGAUCGCCGCUUCUCCCGCGUCCGCGAUCGCCCCUCCCACGACCGCAAUCGGGACGAUGGGGACUUCCCCACAAGGCGUUCAAGAUCUACACGCGGCUGUGGAAGAUGCAGCAGGAGCACCGCGCGGCGCUCACCGAGGCCGGGAUACGGCGGUGGGAGGUGGGCGAGAUCGCGUACCGCAUCGCCCAGCUCUACUACGGCUAGUACCGCCGCACCAGCGACUCCUCCUACCUCGCCGAGGCCUUCGUCUUCUACGAGGCCGUCCUCGACCGCGAGUACCUCCGCGACGCCCCCUCCGCCGCCGCCGCCACCGCCUCCGAGGUCGCCCUCACGCACAAGCAGCUCCGUCUCCUCGUAAGGUUCCUCAACGUUUCGCUCAUCCUCGGGCGCCGCAAAAUGGUCUUGCGGCUCGCAUCGCUCCUCCGGAUCAUCCUCGAGGAGCACAGGCGGAGUU